AUGAAGUUAUCCACUAUUUCUUUGGUGUUAGCCACCAUUGCUGCCAUUGAAGCUAAGGCUCAAAAGAAAGAUGUCCUCAACAAGAGAGUCAACAAGGUUGGAGUCUUGAAGAGAGCUGAUUUCACUGUUUACACCGUCUACGGUAAUGACGCCAACACUGCUGUGGCUGGUGCUCUUGGUGCAGUUGGCGUUCCAACUGAAGUUGCCACUGAUGCUGGUGGCGUCGUAGGAAUUAAUGUUGGUGAUGCUGCUGCCGCCGCUGCCACCGACGCUGUUGCUGGUGCUGGUGACGCUGCCGCUGCUGCAACCAAUGCUGCUGGUGACGCUGCCGCUGCUGCAACCGAUGCUGCUGGUGACGCUGGUGCUGCCGCUGCUGCUGCUGGUGGUGAUGCUGCCGCUGCUGCUACUGAUGCUGCCGCUGCUGCUACUGAUGCUGCUGGUGAUGCCGCCGCUGCUGCUACCGAUGCCGCUGGUGAUGCCGCCGCUGCUGCUACCGAUGCUGCUGGUGAUGCCGCCGAUGCUGCUACCGAUGCUGCUGGUGAUGCUGCCGCUGCUGCUACCGAUGCUGCUGGCGAUGCUACCGAUGCCGCCGCUACUGACGAUACUGACGACUCUGCUGCUACUGAUGACAGUGACGAUACUGAUGCUACUGAUGAUUCGACUGCUACCGAUGACUCUGACGAUUCGACUGCUACUGACGAUUCUGACGAUUCAUCUGCUACUGACGAUUCUGAUGACUCUUCUGCCACUGAUGACAGUGAUGACUCUUCUGCCACUGACGACGGUGAUUCCUCUGCUACUGAUGAUUCCGACGACUCUUCUGCUACCGACUCCGACGAUUCGUCUGCUACUGAUGACAGUGAUGAUUCUUCUGCCACUGAAUCAGACGAUUCUUCUGCCACUGACGACAGCGAUGACUCAUCUGCCACCGAAUCGGACGAUUCCUCUGCCACUGACGACUCCGACGACUCGUCUGCUACUGAGUCAGAUGACUCGUCUGCCACUGAUGACAGUGAUGAUUCUUCUGCCACUGACUCGGACGAUUCCUCUGCCACUGACGACAGCGAAUCUUCUGCAACAGGCGGUAGUGAAACUUCUUCUACUGCUACUGGUUCUGGUUCUGGUUCUGGCUCUGGCAAUGGAACUACUACCAGCGGUAACAACGCCGUUCAAAACACUGGUGCUUACGGUGUAGCCGCUGCUGUCAUUGCUAUUGGUGCUUUGUUGAUCUAAGCUUAAGUUCUUUUCGUUUUUGUAUUUUAGUAGCGUAUUUAAUUUUUCUUUCCGUUUUCACUUGUUUUAAUUCUAGUUCACGUUGAUAUUUUCU